AUGGCUUCCACAUAUAGCCAGCAGCAACCGCUGCCUUCGCCGCCCUCAGGCUCCCAGCAACAAUAUCCGUCGCAAUACCCACCCCAGCAGCAGCAGCAACAGCAGUACUAUCAGCAGCAGGAGCAGCAACAAUCGCCGCAGCGUCCCAACUCAGGGAAGGACCGCCGCGGAUCAAGAUCUUUCAGUUUCCACUCGGACAAGUCUCACAAGAGCAACCCGCACCAUAAAAUCGACUUGCACGAAACCGCCGCCGAGAAAGAAGCCAAAAGACUUCACAGCAAAGCUGAUCCCACUCUCGCUAUGAACGAAGCUGAGCCAGCUGCCGUCGCUGCCGGCGUCAAGUCGUCACUGGCCUCUCUACGUGAGAUGCCACAGAAAGAUGCCUUUGGCAACCCAAUCUCUGAUCCCGAUCGGUCAAACCCUACUCGAAGUCGCUGGGAGCGACCUCUGGACACCAUCCGGAGCUUCGAAGCUGCCAUUGACGGCGGAUACAACCGAAAAUCUUAUAUCCGCUCUGAUACCGACUCGGUAGCCAACUGGAACCGAAGAAGCAGUUAUUACGGUGGCAACAACGGAGGCGCCCGUUUCCCCCAAGACAGCUACUACGGCGGCCGGGCUAGUUCAGUGGCCCCCAACGGCCAGUAUGAUUGGAGGCAACAGGGCCGGGACGGUGGCUACGACCAACAACAACAGUACGGACCAUAUGCAGGUGGACGGGGCCAGAGAUUCUCGAGAAUGAACUCAGAGUCGCAAUUUACUCCUCGAUACGCCGAGCAAAACGUCUAUCCGACGGCCGCCAACCAGCGGUCAUAUGAAACGGUUGCAUCUGGCUCUGGGAGCGGUGCCUCUGGAGGAGAACCAGCCGGCUAUCAGACGGAUCCUACCAGUAGCGACAACAGCUCCAUUGAACGGAUGCAGGCGCCGCCGAAGCGACAGGAGCCAGUCAAUGACUAUGGCAUUGGCUUCAACCAGUCGCCCACCUAUCAACCAUCUGCCUUCACGGUCGGUGUUAACGACGCCACGGGCCCGCCUGUACCCCAGCACGGCUACAACGGGCCGCCUGUACCGCAGAAGGACGGUGGUCGCGGCCCCGGGUCCGUCCUUAGGAAGGAGGUCUCGCCGCCGAACGAUGGCCGGCCGGGAAUGGGCGAGAAGAGGAAGAGUUGGUUCUCGAAGCGAUUCAGCAAGCAGUAG